CGCGAUUUCUAGCUGGUCUACGAUCCGGGGCAACUCUAUUCCUUCCCGGAUCAAACGAGAAUAUGAGAUAGAGAGGGCGAGAGGGAGAGACAACUCUAUUCCUUCCCGGAUCAAACGAGAAUAUGAGAUAGAGAGGGCGAGAGAGAGAGAGAGAGACACACAGAGAGAGAGACAGUAUUGAGUAGUGAUCGUUGGCAUUCGGAAUUUGGAAUUAGCGUAGUAGCAGAAGCUGACAUAUAUUGGCGUCAGAAGUGAGAGACGAUAGAGAGGACAGGCAUGCUGCCCACCGUUUCCAGAGGGCGAAUGCCCUCCGUGCGCCACAAUCCUGUGUUUCCUCAAUACCUCAGGAGAAUAGUAAAGUGGCGACAAAUGGAUAUUGAAUACACUUUCUGGCAAAUGCUUCAUCUCUGUACCUCUCCAAAAGUUGUGUAUGCCUCUACCUUCUUUCCUAGAGAAACCAAGAACCAGUGGGCACGAGAUGAUCCUGCUUUUGUUGUAAUAUGCAGUUUGCUCUUGAUAGUUGCAACUUCUGCCUAUUGUGUAGCGUAUGAUCAUAGUGUGGCUCAUGCUGUUUUCACGGUUAUCUCUGUCCUGGUUUUUCAUUUCUUGAUAACUGGAGUAAUACUGGCAACGUGUUGUUGGUUCCUGACAAAUUCUUAUCUUCGUGAGGAGGUCGCAAAUAGCCAUGUGGUUGAGCAGCGGGUUGAAUGGCUGUAUGCGUUUGAUGUGCACUGCAACUCUUUCUUCCCACUGUUCAUUAUGCUUUACGUGAUCCAUUAUUUUUUAUCACCACUCUUGGUUGCACAUGGUUUCUUUCCGGUGGCGUUAUCAAAUUUGCUUUUCAUGGUGGCUGUUUCAUAUUACCACUACCUCAACUUUUUAGGAUAUGAUGUACUGCCCUUUUUGGACAGAACGACCUUUUUCUUGUUACCAAUUGGCAUCGUGAUUGUCCUAUCCCCCAUCUUGAUUCUCAGUGGCUUCAACCCAACAAGAUACAUUAUGAACAUCUAUUUCAGUUAACUUUGAUGUUGGUGGUAACCCAACAAAGCAUACUGUGAGUGAUGGCCGAGACACGUCACUUGAACGGAGGGGUUGGGGUCACUUUGCUUUGAUGGGAAAUUUAAUUGAUUCUUUUACAUGUAAAGAGGGAAGAAGUACAUGAAAAUCACCUAUAAAUUGUUGCUUAAUAUUUGAAACUAUUAGAGUUUGAACCACAUUGUAGCAUCUGAAGAACAACCAAUGUAUGAUUACCAUUUAGUCCCGGUCACCCCACAGCCAACCCAAUGAAGGAAAAAGGAAAGAAGAGCAUGGUACCAGAGAUCAUCAUUUCAGAUUAGUUUUUGAAGGAAAUGCAGAAUACCAGCAGCUGGGAUGCGGGGUUAAGCUUCUGUUCGAACAUGCAGCUGCACAUUACUGGAACUCUUUUUUUUGGGUAACAACAUUACUGGAAUUUUGAGCUGUUUAAAAUCUUAAGGUGGAACGCCAUAUGGCAAAGAAUAUUUGACUAGGCUAUUACUAAAUUUUGAUUGGCGUGAACUUUUGUCCAUCUGGAAUUAUAAAAAGCACUGUAGGUGCUCAAUUUUUAUGAUUCUCAAA